AUGGCUCCUAAGCCCACCACUCCAGACCCCAGCGUCAUUUUCCUCUAUGUGUGCCUCAUGAAGUCCGACUUCAAAAGCAUCGACUUCAAAGCCGUCGCCGACGCUACCGAGCUGAAUGUCGGUGCUGCGCGUAUGCGUUUCUCCCGGCUUAAGAAGCAACUUGAUGCUCUCGUCAAGGCUGGCGGGAAGUAUGACCUCAAGCGCGGCGAACUUGGCGAAGCCAGCUCCAGCGCAAGCACCACCCCGAUGACUACUCCUGUCAAGAAACAGGCCCCCAAUACCGACGACAAUGAUGCCGCCGAGGGCGCUUCCCCCGCCAAGAAGAAGAAGAAGAGCCCGAAGCGCAAGAGGGUCGAAAAAGACGACUCUGACGAUGAGCUUGUCGGAGACAAUAAGGAAGCUUCUGAUGAAGAUGAGGAGAAGUGA